AUGGGCGUGGAUGCCUAUAGGUUGAUAGCAUGGGAGUUCAUGCGCCAUUCUUCUGAGACUUACUCCUCCUUUGAUUUUCUAGGGCUGCCGGAAAGAGUGGAUGUUUUGUACUGCCGGGUUGAAUAUUUAUUUACUUUUCAUUUGGAGAAGGGACUUGCUUAUCCUGUCACAGAGCAAAACUCUUGUUUGCCAUGA